AUGGACGCAAACGAUGUCCGUAACUUAUUUUCACAGAUGCAGGAACAACAUGAACGUGACAACCAGGCUAUGCAGAAUCUAGUGAAACAACUUCUUUCUAGCCAACUUCAACCGAGCGCUUCUUCAAUGAAGGAAGAUAAAGGUGCAGAGUUCACCAUUGAAGCACUUGCAUCUAGCAUAAGCGAGUUCUGCCACGACAUGUGGUUCACGCGAUAUGAAGAUCUCUUCGAAGUCGACGCUGCGAAAUUAGACGACGCAGCCAAAGCCAGGCUUCUAUUUCGUAAACUCAAUACUGUCGUUCACAGCAAGUACAUAAAUUUUAUUUUGCCAAAGCACCCUCGGGAUUUCACCUUCGCCGAAACAGUAGAAAAGCUCAAGCAAAUUUUCGGGCUCCAAACGUCACUAUUCAACAUCAGGUACAAUUGCUUGCAGCUUGCCAAGGAGCCAAUGUCAGACCUCAUCACUUACGCAGGCAUGGCGAACAGGCAUUGUGAAAAUUUCAAGCUGAAUAGCCUCAGGCUUGAUCAGUUCAAGUGUUUGAUUUUUAUAAUGGGGCUGAAGUCCCAAUCGGAUUUCGACAUCAGAACAAAGUUGCUAAGCAAGCUAGACACCGAAGCUGAUACACUCACACUUGAUGCUUUGUCAAAAGAGUGUCAACGUCUAAUAAACUUAAAAGCUGAUACAAAUCUUGUUGAAAAUCUGAAGGGCGAAGUCCAGGUAAGGCGCUUGCAUUCAAGUAAUGCAAAGAAAAAAUCAUUGCCUAAAACUCCGUGCUGGUUUUGCGGCGCCAUGCAUUACUCUCGCGAAUGCACAUACAGCAAGCAUAAAUGUGAGCAAUGCAAUACAGUUGGUCACAAAGAGGGCUACUGCUAUUCGAAGAAAAAUGGGCAAAACUCAAAGCAGAAGCGCAACAACAAAGGCAAAGGGUCCCACUUGCAGUCGAAAAGUAUUUUCGUCUCCAAUAAAAUCGAAUCAGCUCAACGCAAAUACGUCAGCGUUCUAAUCAAUGGCACGAAAUUGGAUUUGCAGUUUGACACUGCAUCGGACAUAACAAUAAUAUCGGAAAGUAAUUUCCAGAAGCUAAAUGUGUCAAACACAUCCGCAGUCGAGCAAUCAGCUCGUAGCGCAACAGGCGCCACACUGCCUCUGUCAUUGCAGUUUGAUUGCAACGUCGAACUCAAACAGCAGCGAGCAGAGCUAACAUGUUUCGUCACACCAAUCAAAAAUCUGAAUGUAUUGGGCCUCGACUGGAUUACAGCUUUCAACCUCGACAACAUGUCUAUCAAUGCCAUUUGCAAUAUGUUGCAAUCUUUUCCAGAUGUGUUCGACGAAAAACUGGGCCUGUGCAAUAAAACAAAAGCGCACUUGGUAGUUAAACCCGACCAUAAACCAAUUUUUCGACCAAAGCGACCGGUAGCCUAUGCUAUACAGCAUCUCGUUGAGGAAGAAUUGCAAAGACUUCAAGACGUUAAUGUCAUCUCACCAGUCAACUACUCCGAGUGGGCUGCGCCGAUUGUCGUUACAAAGAAGUCCAAUGGCAGCAUACGCAUUUACGCCGACUUCUCAACAGGUUUAAACACCGCUCUCGAAACACAUCAGUACCCGCUCCCUCUACCUGAAGACAUUUUUGCAAAGCUAGCGAACGCUAAAUAUUUUAGCCAUAUAGACCUUUCUGAUGCUUUCCUCCAAAUUGAGGUAGAUGAAAGCUCAAAGGAACUUCUUAGAAUCAAUACGCACUUGGGUUUAUUCCGCUACAAUCGCAUGAUCUUUGGCGUGAAAACUUUUCCUGCCAUCUUUCAACAAGUCAUGGACAAAAUGCUUAUUGGUCUGGAAUACGCCGCAGCGUAUAUCGAUGAUAUUUUCGUAUCUGGAAGAGAUCAAAGCGAACAUGACAGGAACGUGCACGAAGUUUUGCGACGAAGUCAAGAUUAUGGGUUCAAACUCAAAUUCGCCAAAUGCAGGUUUUCAGUGACUGAAGUUAGGUAUCUGGGCUAUAUAAUUAGUCAAUACGGACUUCAGCCAGAUACGGAGCGUGUCUCAGCAAUCAAUGGCAUGCCAGAGCCAAACAAUAUCGCUGAACUGCGUUCGUUUCUUGGCGCCAUAGACUUUUACGGGAAGUUCAUAAACAAAAUGCGUCAGCUCAGAGGUCCAUUUGAUGAACUUUUGAACGCGAACACGAAGUGGCAAUGGACUCAAACUCAUCGAAAAUGCUUUAACAGUCUUAAAGAAAUACUUUCCUCAAAUCUGCUUUUGACGCAUUACGAUCCGCAAAAGAAAAUCAUCGUUGCAGCGGAUGCGUCAAACUACGGACUAGGGGCCUGCAUUAUGCAUGAGUUUCCCGAUGGCUCAGUCAAAGCUGUCAGCCACGCAUCGCGCUCGCUUACUCCUUCUGAAAAGGCAUACAGCCAAAUUGAAAAAGAACGCCUCGCAUUAGUUUUUGCGGUCACUAAAUUUCAUAAGAUGAUUUUCGGCAGAGCAUUUAAGCUUCAUACCGACCACAAGCCUUUGCUCGCCAUUUUCG